AUGGCGACCAGAAUUGUGCAACCAAGCACAUCCACUGAUCUCGGUCGACUAUGGAGAGGCGCUAUACGAGACUACAAAGAACGUACCGGUGAGGAUCUUUCGACGAUGGCAGUGGGAAACGUCACCGACGUGAUGCGACAAACAACUGUGGUCAUGAACGAGUUCAAAGGGUUUCGCGAUGACGGAACCAAGAAGGCAAACUUUCGAUCGGCGAUGGGGGAUCAUCUUGGUAACCUCCAGACUUGCAUUGACGGCUUUGCUACAGUCGGGGCCUGUGUCAGUGCUUUUCCUCCAGCGAUGCCUGUGGGACUCGUGUUCACUGCCGCCAGCCGUAUAAUUUCCGCAUUUGCAGGCGUCCGAGCAGACUACGAUCGUGUCGAGGAGUUCUUCGCAUACUCAGCCCGUUUCUUCCAACGACUGUCUAUCCUCGAGGAUAAAGCACAGUCCGGUCCGCUUGCUAUUGCUGUUGAGAGGGUCUUCUCCAUGCAGCUCUCGGUAUGCGGCAGAGCACGACAGCUGAUAAAGGAGAAACGAUUCAAGCAUUGGCUCAAAACCUUGUGGAACGAGGUAGAUGAAGACCUGAUAGCGGCAUAUGCUGGAAUGCAGGCCUCGAUACAGGAACUCAACGAAACGAUUACUUACGAAACCUACGGCGCUCUCGUAUCCGUUCAAACUGGAGUGGUUGCUAACAGUUCUAAAUUGGACGAGCUUGAUGAGAAGCUACAAUCCUACCGUUCGAGCCUGGACAAAGGUAUCCAGGAAGUCUACGCAAGCACGAUCAGUCUACAUCUUAUCAUCGUCGAGGGGAUCGUUACUCUACGAAAUGAGGGGUUAGCACAGCGUGCUCUGCUUCUGCAGAUCAUCAAAAACCAGGAUAAGACGGCCAGAGCGCCGGAGAUUGAGAUUGAGGAAAAAAAGAAGCUUGCUCAAAAGCCGAAGGGUGACAUCGGAGAUCGGAAGUUCCAGGCAUUACGAGAACUCAAGAAGUUCUUCGCCGACAAUCACGAUGUCUUCCCUUCGUGGCAGGAUGCUCACCAAGGGAACUUGCUCCAAGACGAAGAUUUGCGUGAUUCCAAGGUGAGCAAAACGGCCGGAUGGCUCCGUGAGCAUGCGAGCUUCAAGAGUUGGUUACGUGGAGAAGUUCCUCUCCUUUGGCUACGAGGCGCUGAGGGGAUUGGAAAGUCAUUCCUAGCGUACUCGGCCGUCCAAGAGCUGCGUCUACAUCAGAACGAUCACGACUGCUUGGCCUACUUCUAUUUCAAGGAGGAGCAUCCAUACCAACAGUCAAUGCAAAACGCGUUCGCGUCGGCUGCCUUACAAAUCGCCGGAUCAAACAACAGAUACGCCGGACAAGUAGCGGCCAAGAUCAAGCUAGACUCCAGUGAGUCUGCAGCAAUGUCCACGUGGGAACGCUUCUUCCUCUCGGUGUUUCCAAGUGACAACAAACCUGGAGGCCGCCUUUUCCUUGUUUUCGAUGGCCUGGACGAGGCGCAUGUACAAGAGGGCGGGACCUUUACACGGUUUCUGUCGGAUCUCAAGCGCCUGAACGCCAGUGUGUCAGUCUUUGCGACGAGCAGACCAGAAGAGAAGCCCACACUCCAGCUGCUCCAGCCUUCCAUCAUUGAGAUCACAAAGCAUGAUAUCAAACAUGACUUGAAGAUGCUGGUUAAGGACCGUCUGCGCACACUCCCGCGCCUGCGCAAGUUCACGCAAUCUACCAAAACAGCAAUCCGUCGCGAAGUAGUCAAGCACGCAGACAGUAUGCUCUAUGUCGAGCAUAUGCUCAGAAGAUUCUCUUACAUAGGUCGAGAAAGAGCAGUCUUGCAAGCAUUGGGGGGGAUGCCGCCAAAUCUGCAUGGUCUUUACGAACUUCUCCUGGACGAAUGCCGACAGAAUCGUUCCGAAGCGCAGUACCAAGCGAUGAAGAAAUUGUUCGCGUGGCUGGCGUUCUCGAAACGAUCGCUUAGCCUCGGUGAGGCAUCGAGCUUGGUUCAACUCGCACUGUCCGACGACAGCUUCGACAUUGAAGAGGAGAUCAUCGGACGUUCCUCUCGCAUCCUCGAACUUACCCAAUCACGGCAGCUUGAGGAAGACGCCAAAGAUGAAGACAAAGACGAUGACGAGAACGAUGAAACAAAGGAGGAGGGCAUCCCGGAGCUCGGAUACGGAGACUCUCCUCUCUGCUUUCAGGAUCGGUCACUACGGCAAUACUUCAAGAGCGUAAGCGUCGAAGAUGACGGCGUAACAGAGUUUCGGACACCUGCUACCGCUGCGCACCUAACAAUCCUCCAGAUGUGCGUGGAUGUGAUGAUGAAAGCGGCUCAAGAACCUAUCGAAGCGCAAAGCUCCGGGCUUACGGUAUACGCAAUCUGCUAUUGGUACGAGCAUCUCAAGGAGCUGGACGUGGAGAACGCGAGCCCCGAAGCUGUUCGCGAUGUUGUGACACUCCUGCACUGCAUCACGGUCAAUUCAUACAACAUCGCCAGGUUGUUCGAAAAGCUCGCGCGACAUACAGACCUAUAUCCCGAGCGCGCUGACGAAGUUCCUAUCGCUUGGUUCGAUACUCUUCUGAGUUGGACAGCCAGGGCAUCAACACUACCGGAGCAAUCUUUGGACGACAAAGUCAAGGAAUGGACGACCCUAGUCGGUAAAGACAACGUUCUACUUCCGCUUGCUCGCGGUCAUGUCCACAAUUGGUUAGACGCCAGCGACGACUGGUGGAUACCCGAGAGGUUUAGAUUUGUCAAGGCAUCGUUGUUUCUCUUGUCCCCUUCCGAAGUUGACGAAUUCAAUGAUCUUGGGCCACUUGAUUACAUGAAGGCCAUUAUCAAGAGAUAUAUGGUUCCACUUGAAGACUACAAGACACAACGAGCGAUUGGAUGCACUGUGGCUGACUACGCCAACGCAAUGUGGUAUGACGACGAUGGCAGAGCAGCGUUGACUAAGGAAGCCAGCGUGUACCUGAAGAGAGCAGUGGACUGUAUGCGGGGAGACGUUCUGGACAACGUCGCUACCGUCCGUCUACUUGCGUCGGUCUGUGAUCGAUGCGACCAGUCAUCCGACGCGGUAAAGUACUACGAACAGGCCUAUAACAUGUUACCUGAUCACGAGGCCGAGGGAUCUUCCGAACGAGAGCUGGAUGAAAUCAAAUCAAUACGUGUAGAGAUCCUAACCGACAAAGCUUCCGCCCUUUCCACGCUGGAGCAGACGGACGAAGCUUUGCAAGCAUUCAACGAAGCAAGAAGAUUGCAAGGCGAGCAAGCACUAGCCGGAACGGUUCUGGACGACAUCACACUACUGUUCAAGAAGGAAGACGAGACUGAUGGACGCAGGCUUAUGGAAGUACUCAAAGGCUGGACCGAAAAAGAGCGCAACAAUUGGUUCACCUACCUCUUCGUGGACUGGGUGCCUACCAAUGGGGUAGCUCGAUUGCAAAGAGCAGCAAAGUUGACUGGCGAGACCGAUCUACUCAUCGGCUGGCUAACAGCCUUGGCCGACACGCUUCCGGCGCAAAGCCUCCAUUUGUUCAAUAUCCGGGGCGCAAUCGCACACAUCUAUUAUCCCAUGCUGGGCGACAUCGAGAAAGGCAAGACGCUACGUCAAGAGCUCUUGACCACGAAGACUAAGCCCGAUCCUGCAUACGAAGACACUAUGAACGAGACCAGGACGCGUCAUCGGAUGCAGUUGGCAGACAUUCUGUUUUAUGAGUUCCAAACGACCGCAGACCCAGCGAAGAAGGAAGAGAUCAUGGAAUCCCUGCGACUGUUGCCUAGCGCGCACGAUGACGAAGGUGACGACAAGAACAUUAAAGAAUCCCAUGUCGAUAUGCUUCGCGCAAACAUGCUUCGCAUCAUGGGUCCUGCGAAGGAGUAUCAGAGAUACAUGGACGAGUUGUUUAAGAAGUGCAUUGCCGGUCUCGAAGAUACUGUCUCUUGGAACGACUUGUCAAGCCUGCGACUGUUGUCGAAGGUGCUGGCGUCUCUAGAUAGCCUAGAGCAUGAUGCACGAAUCGCGAUAAGUGCCCAGUUCUCAGUCCUGGACCGCGCAAUACAUGGGCAAGAUACGGAGUCGGAGCAUUCGGAGACUACUUCCGACAAAGACGUCGGCGAAACAGAUGCGGGACCAGAUGCGGAACCAGAACCAGUUGCAGAACCAGAUGCCGGACAAGACACUGCAAGGGAGGAUGACCCACUAGCUACAAGCGAAGUCGUUCGGAAAGAUUCUCCGACAGAUGAGAUACAUGACAACGAAGUCAAGGACGUAAUGGAGGAGCCAAUUGAGGGAGAGCGGAGUCAUCCAGAGCCAGAGGGAUCAGAGACGGGCGAAUCGAACGCUGGCGAGCUGGACGAAGACCUUAUCGGCGGCGGUAUUUACUGCGACGGACAGUGUGGGGUGGACAUCUAUUCCUGGACCCGGUCGAUCUACUACUGUCUGGUCUGCCCUAGCUGUGAUCUGUGCGAAGAUUGUCACGCCAAGCGUCUCAAGCAAACAAAAGGCGAGCUCGAAGAGCCGUGGCUCAACUUUUGCGGUGCGAACCACCGGUACAUCAAAGGGGCGAUGACAGGAUGGAAGGGCGUCAAGAAUGGCGUUAUCCGCUAUGCGGACACGGAGAUCACCGUGACGGAAUGGCUUCGGGGGCUCAAGGAAGAACGGUAG